ACCCGGCCGUGAGAGAAAUAUAAAUAGCAGAAAAUCUAUAAUUUCUCCGCAAAUAGACGCUUUUUUCGUCUUUCCCUCCAUUCUCUUCACUCUCCUAGUGAGCAGUGAAGACCAAAGGAGGCAAAGACCAACUGUAUUCUCUCUGCUUCUCCGAUUCUUCGUCUGAAAACCCUAAAUCCAACUCUAUUUGCUGAUAACCCUCUCACUUAAGAGAUCAUUUUAUUCCGUUUCCUUAAAGUCAUAAGGCGUUUAAGUUCUUGGUUUGAUUGAAAGAUGGAGAAAGAAGCUGGUGGAUCCCCUCCACUUUCUAUGCCAAUCAAUGUGAAGCCAGAGCUGACAGUUCCCAAUCAUUCAAUCAUCAGUAGGCGUGGAUUUGGGUCUAGUGGGCGGUCCAUAUCUUUGCUUGCCAACCACUUUAAAGUUUCUGUGAAUGCAAAAGAUGCUGUGUUUUAUCAGUAUAGCGUUUCCAUUACUUCAGAAGAUAAUAGAGCUGUUGAAGGGAAGGGAAUUGGCCGAAAGAUAAUCGAUAAGCUUUACCAGACAUAUUCAUCUGAACUCGCCGGUAAAAGGUUUGCUUAUGAUGGUGAGAAAAGCCUCUACACGGUGGGUCCUCUGCCACAGAACAGGUUGGAGUUCACUGUGGUCCUUGAGGGAUCAUUUGCAAAACGUGAAAUCGGAAGCCCUGGUAAUGGUGGAAGCCCUGCUGCAUCUUCUAAGAGGUCAAAGCGUUCUUUUCAGUCAAAAACUUUUAAAGUAGAAAUAAGCUACGCUGCCAAAAUCCCUUUGAAGUCCAUUGCUCUUGCUUUCAAAGGAGUUGAGUCAGAACAUAAUAAUCAAGAUGCUUUAAGAGUGUUGGAUAUUAUCUUGAGGCAGCAAGCAGCUAACAGGGGGUGCCUUUUGGUAAGACAGUCAUUCUUUCUUGACGAUCCAAAGAACUUCACCGAUGUUGGAGGGGGUGUAACGGGAGUUCGGGGAUUCCAUUCCAGCUUCCGUACCACUCAGGGUGGCUUGUCUCUUAAUAUGGAUGUGUCUACAACAAUGAUCCUUACCCCUGGACCAGUUAUUGAUUUUCUAAAAGCUAAUCAGAAUGUACAGGAACCACGCUAUAUUGACUGGGUAAAGGCUAAAAGGAUGUUGAAAAAUUUGAGGGUUAGGCAUGAGCUCCGUAAAAUGGAAUUUAAAAUUAUAGGCCUAAGUGAGAAGCCAUGCAAUCAGCAAUAUUUUCCAAUGAAAGUGAAAAAUGGUGACAGUGCAAAUGGUGAGCCACAAACUGUGGAGAUAACUGUUUAUGAGUAUUUCACUAGACACUGUGGCAUAGAACUCACCUACUCUGCAUACCUGCCUUGCCUUGAUGUUGGCAAACCAAAAAGACCAAACUAUCUGCCAAUAGAGCUUUGUUCACUUGUUUCUUUGCAACGUUAUACAAAAGCUCUAUCUUCAAUGCAAAGAGCAUCAUUGGUUGAAAAAUCUCGACAAAAGCCUUUGGAUAGAAUGCGAACUGUGACUGAUGCUUUGAUAAAUUACCAUUAUGAUGAUGAUUCUGUUCUUUCUGCAUGUGGUGUUUCUAUAGAGAAACAAUUGAUGCAGGUUGAUGGUCGCAUACUUGAGACUCCAAAGUUGAAGGUUGGAAAUAGCGAGGACUGUUUCCCACGUAAUGGGCGAUGGAACUUCAACAACAAGACACUUUGGAAAUCCACUAGCAUUGAGCGCUGGGCUGUGGUCAACUUUUCUGCUCGUUGUGAUACUAGUCAGAUCUCCCGUGAUCUUAUUAACUGUGGAAGAAGAAAGGGCAUUCAAAUUGGACGCCCAUAUACCUUAAUUGAGGAGGAUCCACAAUCUAGAAGAGGUAGUCCACUUGCUAGAGUAGAAAAGAUGUUUGAGCAGAUAAUAUCAAAGCUUCCAAGUGAACCUGAAUUUAUUUUGUGUGUUUUGCCAGAGAGGAAAAACUCUGAUAUUUAUGGACCAUGGAAGAAGAAAUGUCUAAGUGAUUUUGGCAUCGUUACACAGUGCAUUUCUCCAUUUAAGAUUAAUGACCAAUAUCUCACCAAUGUACUUCUUAAGAUCAAUUCAAAGCUAGGAGGGAUAAAUUCUUUGUUGGCAAUUGAGGAUUCCAGACAUAUCCCACUCAUAAAGGAUACUCCUACAAUUAUUUUGGGCAUGGAUGUGUCUCAUGGCUCUCCUGGUCGAUCAGAUAUCCCAUCAGUAGCUGCAGUUGUUGGAUCUCUUUAUUGGCCACUGAUUUCAAGGUAUAGAGCAUCUGUAAGAACUCAAUCCCCUAAGAUGGAGAUGAUUGAUGCUUUAUUCAAGCCUUUAGCUAAUGGGAAUGAUGAUGGCAUCAUGAGGGAGUUGCUAGUGGAAUUCUUUCGUACAAGUAAUGGGCGCAAACCAAAGCAGAUUAUUGUGUUCAGGGAUGGAGUGAGCGAGUCACAGUUCAGUCAAGUUUUGAACAUUGAAGUGGAGCAAAUGAUAAAGGCCUAUCAGCAUCUUGGUGAGGUUGACGUUCCCAAGUUCACAGUAAUUGUUGCUCAGAAGAAUCACCACACAAAGCUAUUUCAAGCUAGUGGCCAUGAAAAUGUUCCUCCUGGGAUAGUUGUGGAUACAAAGAUUGUGCAUCCUAGAAAUUAUGAUUUCUACAUGUGUGCUCACGCUGGGAUGAUUGGAACUUCAAGGCCUGCACACUAUCAUGUCUUGCUUGAUGAGAUUGGUUUCUCUCCAGAUGACUUGCAAAGUCUUAUCCACUCUCUUUCCUAUGUGUACCAAAGGAGUACUUGUGCGAUGUCAAUUGUGGCUCCUGUAUGUUAUGCUCACCUUGCUGCACAACAGAUGGGGCAGUUUAUGAAGUUUGAGGAUUUGUCUGAAACCUCUUCAGGACAGGGAAGCAUGACAUGCGCAGGACCUGCUCCUGUUCCAGAGCUGCCUAGGUUGCACAAGAAUGUUGCGAAUUCCAUGUUCUUCUGCUGAGGUGCUGCUGACAAUUUUUCGUAAAUAGUGAGUUUUCUCUUGCCUAGUGCGACCAAGGCUUAAUGCUUCUGUUUUUCUUAGGAGUUCAGUAGUAUCAUCCAACGCUUUUUCUAUAGCUAAUUAUUAUUUCAACACAAUGAGAGAUCAAUUUUGCCUCGAAACUUAUCCUGAUCCUCUGAGUAGACGGAGAAAGGUUAGGAGAGGACUGGAGUUUGUCCCUUCAUUUCUUAAACCUGUGAAAGAAGAUUUGAGGAAGAAAGGGGUCUACAGUUGACAUAGGUUUAUAAUUAGAAAAUGAAUGUACAUUCUAUUUAGAUGUUUCAGGAUCUCAGAUCUUCUUAACUGGCUUUGUGCCCCCUUACGAAAUGAAAUGAAAUGAAAUCUUUAUGUUAAUUGGAUAGUCA